CAGUCUGACGACGGCACAGUGUUCGGCACGACGAGUGAGGCGCACGACGCGUGAGCACCGCGUUCCUCUAAACUACUAGUAGAGAAAGAACCUUUUUUUUUUAUCCCCCCGUUGUUUCGCCGUUGUGUGUCAGUUUGUGUACAUCGUCCGGCUUGAGAAAUCACGUACGAUAAUCGACUGUUUUUGGUUGUUAUUUAGUGCUGCGGUUUUGAUUGCAUUUAAUUUUGAUAUUCGAUCGGUUUGCGAUGGCAGUGCCGUUUAAUAUGCCCGAAGAUCACAACGAAGUGGAUGUGAUUGUCAACCAGCUUCAGUCUUUGUUGACGCAACUUCAAGCUUCUGUCAGAGAGUCGCAGCGUAGUACCAGAACGAGGAAUCCGCCAGGAUCGACCCGUCACAGAGUGCGUUUCGCGUCCGGAACCCGGGACAGAGAUCCGGAGCGGCAGGAGGAGACGGACGGCGACGGUCGGCCGUCGCACGAACACCUCGCCGACCUGAUGGUGUGCAGGCACGACGUCCCCAGCGCGUCCACCCAACUGACGGCGUCGCCGAUCAGGAGGAGGACGACCAGAUUUCAGACCGAUUGCGACGAAACGAAAAUCAACAUCACAACGAUCGUCGACACCGGCUCGCAGCAGGACUGGGCCCAGAUCGGCAUCACGCUACGCAACAUCGCCGACGACAUCAAUCCGGUGACGUUCCGCGAAGUGGUUCUGUUCCCCACGACGAAGCGGGGCCUGCUCUCGAAACUACCUGACGCGUUGACUUGCACCAUUUGGACCGCGAUGCUGGGCUGUGUGGGCUGGCACUUGUUUCGGAGUCGGUAACUGACUGGGAAGCGUUCUCUCUUUUGCAAUUUUUUUACAUCACCCAAAGGAUUAACAAAAGUGAUUUGAAGGAUUUCUUUUUAUAUAAAUAUAUAUAAAAAAAGUACAUUAGAAUUAUAAGUAAAUCAUGUUAAAGGUUUAAGUGUAUAUGAUGUGGGAGUUACGUAAGUAAACUAACGUGUGUGCGACUGAUCUCGAUCAUCAAUGAUUGUUUUCUUAUUUUGUUUCUGUGGGCGAACAAUUAAUUGGCAAUUUUAUAGUAUAUAUUGAUCUCAGUUGUUAGUUUAUUUAAGUAGCUUCGGAUUUUAAGUUCUCCCCCUCCUCUCUAUCUCUUUGUCUCUCGUUUAAACUAUAUAAUCAAACAAUAGCCUAUGAAUGUAUUAGGGUUACGAGCUGUAUGUAUAGGAACACUUUCGACCAUUUUGUGUACUUUAUACUCCAAAGAAUUUUUUUAAAAAAAAAUGAAUCUAAUAAACAAAGCAUUGAUCUCAUAUGUACGGCGGUGUUUUCUGGCACUCGAAGUACUCUCAGGAAUUUUUAGUAUGUUUAGAUGUACUACGUUAUGGUUUCGAUAAUAAUUGGUAGUUUAUUUUGUAAAUGAAUUUGUACAUAUACAUUGUGGUUGGAUUCAGUUUAGCCAAAGAUAAGAGUCGUGCCAAAAGGCUAGCCAAAGGUGUGUGCAGGUUGUAGUACCAAUCCUUGGUUACUCGCGCUACCAUGAGUCUGACAAAUUAUAAUUUGUGUUUGUUUUUUUUAUAUUAUUUUUUUUUGUUUGUAAGUUUUGCGGGCAGCUCACAUGAAGCAAGUAUAUAUUAGCCCUGAAAGUUUUCCGAUGAUCUCCGUAGUUAGAGUAGUGGUGCGGCCGAAGAAACGCGUUUGAUACACUACACAGUGGUUCCAUGAACAAGUCCUGUAAUUUGUAAAUUUGUACAUAGCCAAAAAUUACCAUUUAUUGUUUUUUUAUACAAGUUUUAAAUAUAUUUUUUGUGAAAGUUGCUUCUUUUUUAUUGUCUAAACCGCCCCUUUCGCACAACUCGGCUUGGAAAAAGCUCGGGAAGGAAGUAGUUGAAGUGGUGCAUUCAGUUAGGAGGUGGACCACUGUGCUGUGUGGUGAAAAGCUGAUUAGCCCGCACCUGAGACAAUGUAUUAUUGUAAAUAUUCGCUAUUGCUCCUCUUGUGUUUGUUUGUUUCAUUCCUGUUGUCGUUUCCUUCCGGAUUGAGUCGAUGCUGGGAGAGUGUGGUACCUCGUUAUGCAACCCAAACGACGUCGGCCGGGCGGAGGCUUGAUCAAAAUUUUGCUAGUAAAUUCACGUUAACGGCUACACCUCCUGGCCAACGCCCUCUGUCGCAACGAAGUAACUUGACUUUGUCUCCUCACAAUACGAAAAGACCUUUUUCAUCAUUUGGCUCGCUCCCCAAUACAUGCAUUAUAUACAUAGCUUUUAAAAAUAUUUUAUAUACAAUACAUACAUACAUAGGUUUUAUAUGAAUGCUGAUAUUUUAUUGAAUUUAACGUAAUUUUAAACUAUAGUAUAAGUUAAUUAGACCUUAAGAAGCUGAGUUGUAGAUGGCUCUUCAAAGCGUUUCUGUGAUUGCCAAAGAGGCAGAAAAAAGUAUGUAAAUGUGCUUCUAAUCCUAAUAGAACAACGACAUCACGUUUUGCUUUCCUAAACGAAAAAUCAAAUAAAUCAUUUAGAUUAAUUCAGAAAAACGGUUGAUGUUGUUCUACUAUUUGGAAGUAUUGAAGUUGCCUUUACAUCAGCUCCUGUUUCCAUUGAUCUCCGUUUGCCAGAAUGUUUUUUUUUUUUGUUUAUUUUUUUUUUAGUUGAUUAUUUCCUAGUCAGCAUAGUCUUCGUUUUGUUUUAGAUGUGACUAGGUUAUUAUUAUUAUUUGGUAAAUUUUAUGUCAUAGUGUGUUAUUGUUUCAUUAUUUUAUAACCAAUGCCAUAUGUUUAAUCAUGUUCAUUUAUAUAUUUUUUUGUACAUUACCCGUCUUGGACCAAGCCCACUACUGAGGCCUGUGAUAACAAUGUCCUCGGAUGUGACCAAAAUACAAACCAUUGCUUAACAGAAAAAAAAGGAUAACGUGAUAGUGUUGUAAUAACUAAAUCAGGUUGUUCUUGAAGCACGGCACUAGCAAGAAAGUCGUGGAUUAAUAUUAUAUUUUAGUUUGUAUGACGGUAUACCUAAAGUCUGCAAUAUUUCCUGCAAAUUAUUUUAAUUUGCACGUUAAAUAUUUUUUUAAUCUUACAACUCUCAGACAGAUGGUAUAUUUUUUUAUUAUUAUAUUCAAUAUAUACUGCCAUAAUCUUGUACAAUAGUAGAGAUAGUUGUUAAAUAUAUCUUAUAUGUCAUAACGGACUGUUUAAACAUAUUUUUCUUAUUAAUAAAGGGUCAUAAGAAAUCCAA